AUGGACGUUGAAAGGCUUCAAAAGCUCGCGGGCUCCGUCCGCAUGGGUGGCAAAGGGACGAUGCGCAGGAAGAAGAAGGCGGUGCACAAGACGACGUCCACGGACGACAAGCGCCUUCAAAACACCCUGAAGCGCCUAGGCGUGAACGUUAUCCCGGGGAUCGAAGAGGUGAACAUCUUUAAGGACGACGUCGUGACGCACUUCACGAACCCGAAGGUCCAGGCGAGCAUCGCCGCGAACACGUACGUCGUGUCCGGGCCGUCGCAGACGAAGAAGCUUCAGGAUCUCCUCCCGGGCAUCAUAAACCAGCUCGGGCCGGACAACCUCGCCAACCUGAAGAAGAUCGCGGCGCAGUACCAAGCCGGCGCGGACGGG